AUGGAGGAGACAUUCGUUCCCUUGCGUGGAAUAAAAAAUGAUCUUAGAGGAAGGCUUUUGUGCUACAAGCAAGACUGGAAUGGCGGCUUACGUGCGGGCAUCAGGAUCCUUGCUCCAACAACAUAUAUAUUCUUUGCUUCAGCAAUUCCUGUGAUAUCUUUCGGGGAACAGCUAGAAAGAGAUACAGAUGGAAUUUUGACUGCAGUGCAAACUCUUGCAUCGACAGCACUUUGUGGCAUCAUCCAUUCAAUUGUUGGAGGACAGCCCCUGCUCAUACUGGGGGUUGCUGAGCCAACUGUGUUGAUGUAUACAUUUAUGUUCGACUUUGCAAAGGACCGAAAGGAUUUGGGGCCUAAUCUCUUCUUAGCGUGGACAGGAUGGGUUUGUGUGUGGACAGCUUUGUUGCUCUUCUUGCUGGCAGUAUUGGGUGCAUGCUCUAUAAUCAACAGGUUUACGCGUGUUGCUGGUGAAUUAUUUGGUCUGCUUAUUGCAAUGCUCUUUAUGCAGCAGGCCAUAAAGGGAGUUGUUGAGGAGUUUCGCAUUCCCAAGAGGGAAAAUCUUAACCAAACCGCAUUGCAACCUUCUUGGAGAUUUGGCAAUGGAAUGUUUGCGUUGGUUCUCUCCUUUGGCCUUCUUCUGACUGCACUAAGGAGCCGUAAGGCUAGAUCGUGGCGCUAUGGCACAGGUUGGCUACGAGGAUUCAUUGCAGAUUAUGGGGUUCCACUUAUGGUGCUUGUGUGGACAGCCGCAUCAUACAUACCUGUUAAAGAUGUUCCAAGAGGGAUCCCAAGGCGGCUUUUCAGUCCAAAUCCAUGGUCUGCUGGUGCGUACUCAAAUUGGACAGUUGUCAAGGAAAUGGUGAAUGUGCCUCCUUUAUAUAUAGUUGGAGCAUUUAUUCCUGCAACCAUGAUUGCUGUGCUUUACUACUUCGAUCAUAGUGUUGCAUCACAACUUGCACAGCAAAAGGAAUUCAAUUUGAAGAAACCAUCUUCCUAUCACUAUGACCUUCUUCUUUUGGGAUUUUUGGUUAUAUUGUGUGGUCUUAUUGGCAUACCUCCUUCGAAUGGUGUAAUUCCACAAUCUCCAAUGCAUACAAAAAGCUUAGCUACCCUGAAACAUCAGCUUUUGCGGAAUAAACUUGUUUCAACAGCCCGAAAAAGUAUGGGUAAAAAUUCAAACCUGGGUCAAUUAUACCGAAGCAUGCAAGAAGCAUACAAUGAAAUGCAGACUCCGUUAGCCUAUCAGCUGCCAUCUGCCCUGGGACUAAAAGAGCUGAAAGAAUCCACAAUCCAGCUAGCCUCAAGUACUGGCUACAUUGAUGCCCCUGUUGAUGAGACUGUUUUUGAUGUGGAUAAAGAUAUAGAUGACCUUUUACCAGUUGAAGUCAAAGAACAACGUCUCAGCAAUCUGCUUCAGGCAUUGAUGGUAGGUGGCUGUGUUGCUGCUAUGCCUGUUCUGAAGAAGAUCCCAACCUCAGUGCUUUGGGGUUACUUUGCUUUUAUGGCCAUUGAAAGCUUGCCAGGAAAUCAAUUUUGGGAGAGGAUAUUAUUGCUUUUUACUGCUCCAAGCAGAAGAUACAAGGUGUUGGAGGAGUAUCAUGCUACCUUCAUCGAGACAGUUCCCUUCAAAACAAUUGCCACCUUCACUUUGUUCCAGACAGUUUACCUGCUUGUAUGCUUUGGCAUAACAUGGAUUCCAUUAGCUGGGGUCCUUUUCCCACUGUUAAUCAUGCUCCUUGUUCCAGUGCGGCAGUAUGUGCUCCCCAAGUUUUUCAAAGGAGCCCAUCUUCAAGACUUGGAUGCUGCAGAAUACGAGGAAGCUCCUGCUGUAUCUUACAACAUGACAUUUGAAGAUCAAAAUCCACAAGCAAGAACCACUAAUAUUGAUGGUGCAGAAAUUCUUGAUGAAAUUAUCACACGAAGCCGUGGCGAGAUCCGCCAUACACAAAGCCCUAAAAUAACAAGUUCUACUCCAGGUUCAGUAGAGGAUAUAAAAUCUUCAUAUAGUCCACGGCUUUCACGAAGGGCAUACAGCCCGCAAAUUAGUGAACUGAGGGUGGAUAGGAGCCCCAGAUUUCCUGGAAAGGGGGUUGAAUUAAAGCAAACUCCUAGUCCUGGGUCUUCUAACUUUCGUCAAAGCAAUCAUGGUUCAUCAUCAUGCUAA